CAGCACCCCUUUGAACCAAAUCCUAAUAUACCUAAUCAAACAGAGCCUCCCCUCGGGCCAUCACACUGCUCCCGUCUGAUCUCCGUUCCAUUUUUCUUUAAUCUCUUAUUCUCCAUCACGUGAAUAAUCUAUCUUUGACCAAAAGAGCGGUGCGACGUUGUACACCCAAAAUCUUUUCUUCCACUUCAAUUCAAACCAAGUUGAGAAAAUAGCUGGAAAUUGAAGCUGAUCAUAUAGUUCAUGGAGUCAGCUUCAAGCAGAGAUGCACCCGACUCAAAUAGAACAACACAGUUACAGCCACAACUACAAGAAGGAGAAUCCUCGGCCCCAGCUCCCCUGAGCCGCUAUGAGUCACAAAAACGCCGCGACUGGAACACCUUCUUACAGUAUUUGAGAAACCACAAACCGCCGUUAACUCUAGCGCGAUGCAGCGGAGCACACGUCAUAGAGUUCUUGAAAUAUCUCGACCAGUUCGGGAAGACCAAGGUCCACAUAACGGGCUGCCCGUACUUCGGGCACCCUAACCCUCCCGCCCCGUGCGCGUGUCCGCUUAAACAAGCAUGGGGUAGCCUCGACGCGCUGAUCGGAAGGCUGAGAGCCGCGUACGAGGAGAACGGCGGACGGCCGGAAUCUAACCCGUUUGGGGCGAAGGCGGUGAGGAUUUACUUGAGGGAAGUGAGGGAAGGGCAGGCCAAGGCGAGAGGGAUUCCUUAUGAGAAGAAGAAGCGGAAAAGGCCUACGGUUACAGCCGGGAAUGUGUCGGUGGCGGGGAGUCAAGGGGUGGAUCCUAGUGGUACUAGUGGUGGAGUUGGUGGCGGAGGAGAAGAUAUCAGUGGCGGCAGCGGAAGUGCUCCUCCACCUGCUACAGCUACUACAAAUAGCGUAUAGUGCAGAAUUUUAUUCUUUUUACUUUAAUGGCUAGCUCUUCUAAAUGCGACUAAUUUAUAUGCUAAUUCUAUGAUGCUCUCCAUUUGAUCAUUCACCAAUAUGAACUAAAUUAACCCAAAAAUU